AUGGAUUCGUCGCCGUACGACGAGAUGUACAUGGUCGAAGAAGACGAGCCCAGCGUGGCGGAUAUGUAUACGCCUUCGCCACGGAAUGAGCCAGUUUCGGUUGGAAAGCAGAGCCUCAAUCAGACAGAGGACGAAGGAUCAAGCUCGUCAUCAGAGGAGUGCGAUGUCGAGGACGAAGAAGGAGACUCGAACUCGCUCAAAUAUGACCAGGCGGAGUUUGCAGAACUGGAUGUCAACGAUGAUAUCAGGCACAUGUUCGAGCGCAUCACGGAAUUCCAGCCCAGGAAGAUUGAGCUCGAAACAAAGCUUUUGCCAUUCGUCCCUGAGUUCAUUCCGGCGAUUGGUGAUAUUGACGCCUUCUUGAAAAUUCCCCGUCCUGACGGACAUCCCGACGGCAUCGGACUUAUGGUUCUGGAUGAGCCUGCGCCUAAUCAGAGUGACGCAGGGGCGCUUGAACUGAAACUUCACCAGAUGCACAAAGGAUCAGCGAUCCAGACGUCGGUGCGGCGAGUAAAGGCGACAGAUAGCGCUGGUUUGCAGAAAUGGGUUCAAUCCGUCAGAGAGAUUCACUCAGGCGCACCAGCUCCUAGUGUCCAGUAUAAUGGGCCUGUUCCGGAUAUCGAGAAAUUAAUGGAAGAGUGGCCAGUGCACCUGCAAGAGCAGCUCAAAGAUUUCAAACUGCCGGAAGGCCCUAUCGACGUGCUAAUUGACUUCAGUUGCGGCAUUUUCGACAUUCCAAUCACCAAUAGAGUACACGGAUUGCACCAGCUCCUAAGCCUCUACCAGUCUGUCAACGAAACCCUCUGA